GGGGGGGGUUGACGUCUCAACGCCAGGCACUCUUUGGUUUUGAUGGUAUGAGUUUGUUUCCGGAUGUUUAGCCAGUAUCAGGAUGGCUGCGAUGUUUACGUGUUGUCUAGGCUGCUGCGGAGAUGGCGGACCGGGGCAUAUUCCUCUGAAAGAGAUGCCCACGGUGCAAUUAGAUACCCACCACAUGGGCACGGACGUUGUCAUUGUAAAGAGUGGCCGGAGGAUAUGUGGCACUGGAGGCUGUCUGGCCAACGCUCCUCUGCACCAGAACAAAAGUUAUUUUGAGUUUAAGAUCCAGUCCACUGGUGUGUGGGGUAUCGGUGUGGCUACACAGAAAGUGAAUCUUAAUCAAGUGCCUUUGGGCAGAGACACAAACAGCCUAGUCCUGAGGCAUGAUGGGUCUGUGUACCACAAUAAUGAAGAGAAGAAUCGCCUACCUGCCAACAGCCUUCCUCAGGAGGGGGACAUUGUGGGCAUCACAUACGACCAUGUGGAGCUGAAUUUAUAUCUGAAUGGAAAGAACAUGCAUUGUCCUGCCUCAGGGAUCCGAGGCACUGUGUACCCUGUUGUUUAUGUGGAUGACAGUGCCAUCUUAGACUGCCAGUUUAGUGACUUCUAUCACACAGCUCCUCAAGGAUUUGAGAAGAUCCUCUUUGAACAACAAAUCUUCUAAUGGAGCACUUCAGCCUCAGCCCUGCUUUAUGUUGUCAUACUCCCCUAUAUCUCAUAGCAACCUCUGUGACACUACAGUUUGACCUUGAUCGGAUAAAAUCAUAAUGUGUGGCUUAAAUGCCUCUUGUUUUAUUUCCCGUAAUUACUCUGUCUCUCUGCUGCUGCUCUGGAAUGAUGUUGGCGUGUCCUUUUUUUUUUUUUUUUUUUAAAGGAGUGGGGAUUUAUGAUCAGUAGUCAGCUAUGAUGGGCUGUUUGGGUCGAUGGCAAAACUGUCCAAUCAUUACCUGGUGUCGGUGGUAAUCACCCUGUAUUAACUUAAACACUAUCAAUUGCCGCUUACAUUUUCAAUCUGUGUGUAGAUGCCAGACAGUUGGUCUAAUUGUAAUAUGUCCCCAUUUUUCAGGAUCAGGAGCCAUGUUUUUGUUGACAUCACUUUAUACUUAAGUUUUUUGAAUGUUUAAUUUCCUAAAUGCCAUACUGACAUCCCAGCAUACGCCCUUUAUUUAUUUGUAUUUAUUUGAGUCACAGAUCAAAGUGAUGUGUCUCUUUUGGUUUAUCAAAGCAUGUUUUGGUCAGUAAGAGUUUGAAAGAGACUGACACAUGAGUCAACAACAUCCCAAGCACUUUUAUGUUGCCUUUUUUCAAUAAUUAAAACAAUUUAAAAACAUUACAACACUUCUUAAUUCAUGUCACUGUUAUAAUUUGAGUUGACAGAGAUGGCUUAAAAUACCAACUCCAGUACCCAAGUGCACAUUCCAGGGGACAGCCAGUGUCUGAGGUUGACUUUUCACUGAGGUGAUGGUGCUGGAAAAUGUUUUAUUAAGUGAAAUAUUUCUUAAAUAGCAAACACCAAAAUGUAUUAAAACAGCCUUUUUAUUUCCCCCCACACUUUUCUCUUCCUGAAAUCUUUUUAUUUUUUUAUUUUGUGUAUUUUAUUUUAAAAUAUCAGAAUAUUACUAGAGCUGGUGCUGGCUAUCUCUGGUUAGAGAUAUAUGGUUAAAAUAAAAUAAAAAUGUCAAUCUGUUGUGUUGUAUUGGCAUUGCAUAUCCGCUGCUGAAGUGUGACUGUCAGAUAUUUCAAAUGCUUGUCUUUGUUUGCACUAAUGAUGUUUAUUGUACAAGCAAAUACAAAUAUUGUUGAUUCAUUAAACUUUUGUGUUUGGAGGCAUA